CGGAGCUCGGCCGGUGGCUGUUCGGUGGUGGCUGUGGGGUCGGCUAGUUGCUACCCUGGCUGAGCCUUCUUAGCUCCUGGAAUGCGCGAGAACGAGGCUCAGGGGAAUCCUGGAGUAGGGGAUAGAGGGAGUCACUGGUAGGGACCUUUCCGGGAUCCUGGCCCUUCCUGGGGUGCCAUGGAGUUUCCAGAACACAGCCAGCAGCUGCUGCAGAGCCUCCGGGAGCAGAGGUCCCAGGGUUUCCUCUGUGACUGCGCGGUGAUGGUGGGUAGCACCCAGUUCUUGGCCCAUCGGGCCGUGCUGGCCUCCUGCAGCCCAUUCUUCCAGCUCUUUUAUAAGGAGCGGGAACUGGACAAAAGGGACCUGGUGUGCAUCCACAACGAGAUCGUCACGGCCCCAGCCUUCGGGCUGCUUCUGGACUUCAUGUAUGCCGGCCAGCUGGUGCUGAGAGGGGACACCCCCGUGGAGGAUGUGCUGGCGGCUGCCAGCUACUUGCACAUGAAUGACAUUGUCAAGGUGUGUAAGCGGCGGCUGCAAGCCCGGGCUCUGGCAGAGGCGGAUAGUACCAAGAAGGAGGAGGAAACCAACUUACAGCCCCCUAGUUUGGAGUUUUUGUCCAGCAACUCCCGGGGUCCCCAGCCUUCAGUGGCAUCUGCUGAGACAGCAGGGCACUGGGGCAAAGAUGAAUGGAAAGGGCCUGCAGCUCCAUCACCGAUCACCUGCCCUCCGGACGAGCCACCGAUGCCCGCUGGAGCUGACACUACACAACCUAGUGUAGAGGUUGACUCCACACACCUCCGGCCGCCACUCCCACCUGUGGCUGAUGUCUCCCUAGCCAGCCCCAGCAGUUCCACAGAGAGCAUUCCUGCCAACUACUUCUCUUCUGGCCUCCCAACCGUAGCAGUGGAGCCACUGAUAUCCCUUGACGUGGCUCCUGAGAGUCUGAGGGUGGUGGAACCGCGGAGCACUGGAGGAUCACUGCAAGGCUUCUAUCCUCCAACUCCGGCUGCUGCCCCAGUUCCAGCCCCACUUCCACCUCAGGCUCCAGUCCCAGUGGAAGCAGAUCUGGUCCAGGUGAAAGUAGAAGCAAUUGUGAUUUCUGAUGAGGAGCCUGAAGUGGCAGAGGACCAGCCUCAGGGUCCUGAAGGCCUGUUCCCACCUGGAGGAGCCAUGUAUAGUGGACAAGCUCCCCAACCAGAGACUUUUGAGGAGCCAAGGGCAGCAGGCCUAGAGGAGGUGGGGCCGAGCGACCACUUCCUGCCUCCAGACCCUCACCUACCCUACCAUUUGCUGCCAGGUCCAGGGCAGUAUCACCGUGGACUGGUGACUUCACCCCUACCUGCGCCCCCUGCCCUGCAUGAACCACUUUAUCUGCCUUCUGAGUACGAAGCAGCCCCAGGGAACUUUGGGGUUUUUACUGAAGACGUUCCCACUUGCAAGACCUGUGGGAAGACCUUCUCCUGCUCUUACACACUGCGGCGACACGCCACAGUGCACACGCGUGAACGUCCCUACGAGUGCCGCUACUGCCUGCGCAGCUACACACAGUCAGGGGACCUGUAUCGCCACAUCCGCAAGGCUCACAAUGAGGACCUAGCCAAACGCAGCAAACCCGAUCCAGAGGUGGGCCCCCUCCUAGGAGUCCAGCCUGUCCCAAGCUCCCCUCCAGCAGACAGACAGAACAGUGGCAGUAAUGGACCACCCAAAGAUUUUGUACAAGGCCCCAAAAACUGAUAGCUGGGGCAGCAUGAGCUUCUGCCAUUGUUAGGGGGCAGACGAAAGGUUGGAAACAUCUCAUUUCCCUUGCUGGGCAACAGAAUGAAGGUACUGCCUGGACUGAAGGUUCAUACCCUUUUGCUGACCCAACCAGUUAGCAGGUUAUCCGUCAGUUCCGUCAGUUCUUCUCUGGGGACACUGGGGAUUCUCCUCAGAUUGUAAUAGCUUCUCACUUCACAUUUUGGGUCAUAAAACUAGAGUGAAAGUUUCUUUUUGA